GGCACCUCAGUGGAACACUCCAUUCAGAAACAGGGGUACAAAUGUUUCGAUUGUAUACGACAACCAGAACGUAUAUGACAUCCAUCGUGAGUCAACACACAUAACAGCGUCCUAAACGUUAAAAGUGUGUCGAUAUAUGUCGUAAAAAGCGUCUUCGACAGCGGUUAGGCCAACCGCUGGCAACCCCAUAAGUUGUUUUGGAAGCGUCGAAAAGACCCGACAAUUCUCACAGCAGUACGUCAAGAGAUGGACGGGAGAGCGUAUGGUACGGGCACGCGCGGACGCCGUGGCUGUUACGGGGAGUCUGAUUGCUCACAGACGGCUUUAUUUGAGUCGCAUGCCUGAGUUGUUUACCGGAUGUCCGUUUGUAUCGAUGCGGGAUUGUUGGAGUUGUUUGGAGAAUUGCUGGAUCGAUCUUCCUCCUCCCUUUCCCCCCCGCCUGCUAGUUUCGCUCUUUUGGGGGUCUCUGGUCUGACGACUCUCUGAAUUUUUGGACUCUAGUGGCGCUUUUGCACGAUCCGGAUCGUGAACGUAUGAUUGAAUCAAACAAGGAUGUAAGGAAAAGAGUUGAUGUGGGACGGAACUUUGGAAACGCGAGCUGAUCCAAACACGGAGCUCCGCAGGUCACUCCCGCCGAAGCUGGAGAUAGGCAUGGUGUGUCGGGACCCCAGUGGGUUCGGAAAUGUGCCAUGUUUGUGAGAGCCAUGAGCCUGGCAGACGUGUCCGGUUUCUUUCCCAGAGGAGAGCAGCUGGCUUUAAUGGCUCGGAGCACUGAUAAUCUGGACAGUUCUGGGGAACCUGGGACCCGAUCAGUGGGCACCACUGCCAACUUGAAGGGGAAGAUGAGCAAAAGGCUGUCUGUUGUGAAAGGUCACUUCCCCAAGCUUGUUGACUGUGCCCACUUUCACUAUGAAAACGUGGACUUCGGUUCAUUAGAGCUUCAGUUUGCCAAUGAGCAGAACGAUGCCAGCUGGACCUCGGGCAGUGCCAAAGAUCUGGUUUUCCUUGUGCAGGUGUCCUGCCAGGGUAAGACGUGGAUGGUGCGGCGUUCGUAUGAGGAAUUCCGGACGCUGGACGCUCACCUGCAUCAGUGCAUUUACGACCGGCGUUACUCACAGCUGUUGGCUCUACCUCCCCUCAGCGAGUUCGGAGACCGGGUGGAGACGUUCGCGCCACUGUUGUCCGAGUAUCUGAACCGACUCUCCAUGAUCGUGGAUAACAAGCUGAACUGUGGGCCAGUUCUCACCUGGAUGGAGAUCGACAACCAUGGCAAUAGAUUCCUGCUGAAAGAAGAGGCGUCUUUAAAUGUACCGGCCAUCGCUGCUGCUCACGUCAUCAAACGCUACAAUGCCCAGGCCAGAGAUGAGAUCUCCAUUGAGGUUGGCGAUAUUCUGUCUGUUAUCGAUAUGCCGCCCAAAGAGGACACCACGUGGUGGAGAGGGAAACAUGGCUUCCAGGUUGGCUUCUUUCCCAGUGAAUGUGUGGAGUUAAUCAAUGAGAAGUUACCGCAGUCCGUCAGCGCUCCUGUCAGUAAGCAAGAGGUCGAUGGGUUGAGCUGUAAACCCGGCGUUACUAACACAACAGGACCUUCCUCUCCAACAUCAGUUCUUCAUCCUUGGUUCCUAAACAUGGCUGUCUCCAAGAAACAUGGCAAGCUGAUGGGUUUCCUGCGCACCUUUAUGAAGUCCAGGCCCACCAAACAGAAACUGAAACAGAGGGGCAUCCUGAAGGAAAGAGUGUUCGGCUGCGACCUCGGCGAGCAUCUCCUUAACUCUGGCCAAGAUGUCCCACAGGUCCUGAAGAGCUGCUCAGAGUUUAUAGAGGAACAUGGUGUGGUGGAUGGGAUCUACAGACACUCUGGGGUCUCCUCCAACAUACAGAAACUCAGGCACGAGUUUGACAGUGAGAAUAUUCCCGAUCUGACGAAAGACGUGUACAUGCAGGACAUUCACUGCGUCGGCUCCUUGUGCAAACUGUACUUCAGAGAGCUGCCCAAUCCGCUCCUAACGUACCAACUCUAUGAGAAGUUUGCUGAAUGUAUGGGAGAGAUGACGGAUGAAGAGAGAAUGGUCAAAGUUCAUGAUGUCAUUCAGCAGCUUCCUCCUCCUCAUUACCGAACAUUGGAGUACCUCAUCAGACAUCUGGCACACUUGGCCACGUGCAGUGCGGAGACCAGCAUGCACAUUAAGAAUCUGGCCAUCGUCUGGGCCCCCAACCUGCUCAGGUCACAAGAAAUCGAGGCGAUUGGUUUAAGCGGCGCUGACCCAUUCAAAGAAGUGCGGAUUCAGUCGGUGGUCGUGGAGUUUUUGCUCAGCAACGUUGAAGUUCUCUUCAGCGACUCUUUCACGUCCGUUGGCCGUUUCAACGCAGCCCGGCAGUCUCUCACCAGGCCCAAGUCGUUUGUGUCCACCAGGCUUCUGUCUCUGGAGGAGGCGCAGGCUCGUACCCAAGCUCCUCUUCUCCUGCAGGGAUCUCCUCAUGCUUUACAGGGCCAGUUUCACGCUGUGCUCGACCUCCCCGACAAGAGGAAAAGAGGCAUGAAGGUGCGGAAGUCGGCAGGAGGGAGCUGGAAGACGUUCUUUGCCAUCGGGAAACCCGGAGCGGCAGGGAGACGUAAACCCACCCGGAUCACUUCUCUGUUUCAGCCCACCACCUCUCACGCAGGUUGUAGGGUAGACAGCGUGACUCUCAGAUCAGCGAAGAGUGAAGAGUCUCUGUCGUCUCAGCACAGUGGAGCAGGUCAAGGAAAGAUGCAGCGCUUGCGAAGACCUCGCUCCAGCAGCGAUGGCCUCUCUCUGGCUGCUUCGGUCGAUCCUCAGCUCCUUCCCCAGCGCUCCCCGUCUACAAUCCAUCCGAGUCGCUCCUACGACAGCCUGCUGCCCGAGGAGACCCGUGGUGCUGAUGAGGAAGAGGACGAAGAUGAAGAGGACGAGGAGGGUGUGUACAUGCUACCCGAUUUCUCCCAAGAACCAUCCACCUCAUGGAUGGCAGAAGAUGUCAUUGACUUCAGCCCCACCUUCUUGGAAGACGGGCCAAUCGGAUUGGGAGGCACCAGCGUUCCCCCAGGCGGCAGAGAGUCCCCUCCUGCGCCUGCACCCCCUCCAUAUCGCUGUCUCAGCCAUCAAGGUCACGCCCGCUCGGGGAGCCAGCGAUCAAUUACAGAGGAUCCAGACUCUGUGCUCAACCAAUCAGAAGCUGCUGCCCGACGGAGUUUGAUCUUGGCCGCGGCGGCUCCGCCUCAGCAGGUGUUCUGUCAGCACAGGCCGUCCGCUAAUCUUUCUGUGAGCACUGCUCAGCAGGGCGAGUCAAACGUAAGCCCCUCCCACAGCCAGAUGCCAACGACCACGGCUCCGCCAUCCCAGCCACCGCAAGAGAGACGUUCUUUUACUCGUAAAGUCGUUCAUGCUCUUUCACCUAAAGCGCCAAAAUCCCCCCCAUCUCUGGACAUCUCUGAUCCGAUCGCCAUCAGUGUACCUGCCAAGGUUCUGGAAAUGAUUGGUGGGCGAGCUGGUGAAUUGCAAACUGGACCCCCGAACAGUGGGCCGCCACAGCCACCACAGAUGAUAUCUAUGCUCUUGAGGUCAUGUGACUUUCAGCUCACAGAGAGCUGUCAGCAGGAGCUCAGCAGUAAACUGGGCCCCAGCGUCAAGAUCAAGGGUCCCAGUAUUUUGGGUCCCGCUGGCAUUCCUCUUCCUUCACAACAGCCCCCACCACCUCCUCCCAAAAACCCUGCGCGCCUCAUGGCUCUGGCCCUGGCUGAAAGUGCCAACAAGGCCCUGCGGCAAGGUGCCUCUCCCCCAUACCGACCCCGUCAGACGGGAGCCUCUGAGACAGACUUACGCUUUCAGAGGUCAUUUUCUGCUGAUGCCGGUGCUCUGCUAUCCUCUGACCCUAACCAGAUCUACUCCACCGUGCGCCCGCUUUCUGUGUGGAAGACUGAGGGUGAUGCUGAUGAUGAUGAAACUGGAACUGAAAAACAUACAGACAAAUCACAUGGUGCAGUGCAAAGGUCACCUUCUGCCAGCUCAGUGUCUGAUUCGGGGUCAUCCAAUUCAGAGCUGUCAGCUGCAAGUUCCUCCGAGGACAAUGAGCGAACCCCAAGCCCUAUCUAUAAAAAUGAGGAGACGAUUUCUUCAACACAACCCUCAAAAUCCAGCCCGACCUCCAACAACGCUGCCCAUCCUCAGAGGAAACCUCCAGCGUAUGGACGUCAUUUUUCUGCUCCACAGCUUCAACAGCAGAAAUCUCACACAACUCUCAACUCUCAGUCCAAGCCUGCCUCACAGCCACACCCCCAGAUCCUGCACUCCAAAUCUGAGAGCUCUCCACUGGCCCAGGUACGAGCCUUCCAGCCCACCCGUCCUAAAGUUCCACCCAAACCCCCUGAUCUUACUCCCCUGAGAGCUCCGCUCUCGCAGACGGACCGACACGAUUACAUGCGCCGUUCUCUGGAUGCCACCCGCAUCCGACGCUUGGCAGGGCCUCCUCAGGUUACCCAACCACUUUCCAGAGCUUUCUCCGAACGCAUCAGUAGUACCUCCGACGCGCUGUCUCGGUAUCACGCCGCCAGAAUGGCCGGCCAAGCCGCACACGUUCCCCAACAGCAACAGGCAACUCCGAUCAGACCUGUUGUCCCCUCUUCUGAAGAUCCAUCCAAGAUGGAGAACUUCUACUACGAGAUUGGCGCACCUGAGCAUCCACCCAGCUACGCACGACACAGCUAUCAGAAUAUGAAGCUGGAUCUAGAGGGCAACCUCCGUCUCACUGACCCGGCCAAUCAAAGGCCUGUUUCCAGAGGUCAACCCCCUCCGUAUAACCACCAAGGUCAUGGUGGUGGUAGAGCUCCCCAGUUGUGGUCAUCGGAGGCCACACGAGCUUGGGCCGCAGCACACUCGCAGUCUUUUUCCUUUUCCCAUUCUCACCAUCGCUCUCAUGAUGGAUCCUCAGGUCAUCCUCCCCACUCACGGACUCAGCGACAGACAUCGUCAUCUGUCCGGCUGACACGAAGUGAAGUGCAUCCCAUGGGCUCCUCAGUGGGCGUAGUACCUCUAUCCGUGCACCUGCGUGGCCUGUCUUGCUCCCAGCGCUCGCCUUCAGCAGACCACAAUGCCUCUCAACUCCACCCCUACUUUGAAAAUGGAAAGGUGUGUUAUCGGUACUUAGAAGCUUCUAGACCAGAAGACUUGCCACUAAAUCAGCAUCAGCAUGCUGGAUUAAAGUCACAUCAAGCCCAGCCGCCUCAGUCCUCUCCUGCACAAGAGCUUACGAAAGAUCAGCCUGAGCACAUUUAUGUCAACUACCCAUUCACAAGCCCAUCAGGAGUUACUACAAAGGGUUGGGCCACCACCGACCUUGACGGAGAUAGUCAUCGAGAUUUGGAGACGCUAAGGCCACCAUCAGAGCCACCACCCGAUGAUAAAGAACAAAAGCAACCACAAGAAGAAAGUCCUAUGGCUAUCUUGGACAGUCCUCAUAACGAUGCGUCCCCGGAUUCUAAAGACAUCAAUGCAGCGGCAUCCGCCACCACGCACUUCCGCAGCCGUUCGGAUCCGCAAAGCACCACAACGGAGCCCACUCACAUCCUCACGGGUAAAGACAUAGCCUCCUUGCUCAUUGAAAAGCUUGCUGAGGAUGAAAAGGAGGCUGCGCCGGCUUCUUCCUCAUUGUCGUCUUCUCCGCAUUUCGAGCACCCCCCAAAUCCCUACCCCAGCCAACAACAGCAGCAGCAUCUACCACCUGCAUACAACGUAUACACCCCGGGACCCUCUCGAGGGCGCUUUGAAGUUCAGGUGACUCCAAGACAAUUUUUCCAACGACAGGCCCUCUUGCGGAGAUCCUCUGGAGGCCAGUAUAGACAAGCAUUUGACGUCAUGCCAUCGGGCAACCAAGUCCUUAAGUUUUACCGAAGCCAAGACUUUAUUCCAAGUGCACAGGGAGAAAGCACAACCCCUAACCCUUAUCCCCCAAGACCGUAUUAUCAGGACGCCCCAUACCCCAGCUGGGGCCCUCAGGGCCUCCCAGACGCCCCCCACACAUGCACUCCACCUACAGUGGCCUUCUCAAAUUUAGCCGUUGGGUCAACAAGAGGAUACGGGCCCCAAGCGGUGUCCGACCAGUUUAGCCAGUUCCCGUACCAGUCCGGGCCAGUGCUUCCGCAGUAUCCCAACACACCCCGACGAGACAUCGUUCUGGAUCCUUCUCUUCGACCUCCGGUUUUGAGGAACCCUAGAGGUCUGAACCGGCAAGGGAGCCUGCCGGGACCCAACUGGACCAUCCGAACUGAAGGCCAGACCCGUAGUUACUGCUAAAGAGCACAACUGCCACAGAGCACACCUGUGUCUUUAGACUUUAAUAAUAUGGCGUAGACAGAUAGAAGCACUAGACUUUUAUGUUUCCUGUACAGGUUGUGAAAGAGGUUGUUUAAUCUCUUUGAGGGAAGUUCCCGUUUCAGAAAGAUCCCACUGCUGUCCCGUGAUUUGAGUGUGUAUUGGAGUGAUAAAGUGUACGUGAUGAAGGCACGAAGCUGAAAGUAUCAAAGAAGUGAACCGUUAAGUGGCUUAGAUAUGAAAACAUUCCAGAACACACUGUGCUGUCCAGCAGAGGGAGUCAGAGAGGUGCGUCGCUGCUAUUCCUCUGACGGACGGUUGCUCAGUGACUCAUUUUUGUUUUACUGCUUCGAGUUUUGUUAGUUUCGUUCUGACACAUUUGUUAUGUUGUACAGGGACACAGGAUUAAUGUGUUUUCCUCUUUAAAGUACGAUAAAAAGAACCUCAAGAGAUGCUGUUGGUUAUAAGAAGCUCAUAAGCUGUUUUUGUUGUAUUUCCCAUUUAUUUGUUUUUUUAUUGCUUUAAGUUAUUGUGAAUUUCUGUUGGAACGAGUUCUUGUGAAAUAGUUUUAUUUUGCCUUUUCUAAAUUUGUUUUAAAAAUGUGAAGUUUAGAACUUUUAGUUUUAAUUUCUGUGUGAAUUUGUAAAAGUGCAACUUGCUUAGAGUAUCUAAAGUUAAGUACAUUGAACAAAAUGUUGCCUUGCGUGGAAGGUACUGGUGUUGGUUUUCGGAGGGUGUCAAUAUUUUGAUGUGGUACUGUAUUCUGAUCAUUCUUAAGUAAUGUGUCAGAUGAUUUGUUUCAAAUUGGUGUUCCGAUCCAAAGCAAGUAAUUCGGGUAGGUUUUGCCAACCUGUCACUCCAAUAAUUGGCACGAUCCUAUAAACGUAAAUUCCUUCCACAGCAUUUUCCAGACUCCGUACAUAAACCGGCAGUUCACCCAAAAAUACAAAUUCUGUCAUCAUUUACUCACCCUUAAGCUGUUCCAAAUCUGUGUAAAUUUCUUUG